AAAAUCACAAAUCUACUACAAAAAAAGGAAAAGAAAAAAGGAAUAUUCUAGACCCGAUAAACCCUCACCACGUAAGCUUCCUCGCGGUGACCAUUUUCUUCACGAUAUUUACUCUUUUCAAUCGCUGGCAACCAACCAUCAUUCGAUCGCAACUAAAACAGUCUCAGAUCUUCUUCACAUACAGCACACAAUAACUUUUCAUUCAAAUCCAUAGGAUCUCCAUCUGCAAACAUGUUGAUAUUUUCAGCAUAAUCUUGUUAAUAUCUCAAACAGAGGCUAGGGAAUGCUGAAAAAUGUGGGUAAAGGACCCGAAGCCCGUUUCUGAAGUCGACUGUGAUUCUGCCUCUUUACGACUCACCGUCUUUAUUCUAGAUGAGACUGGCUGCAUCUUGUCCAGCUCAUCAGACCCACGUGCCACAACCCAAAUGGGUGCUUCUUUGGUGCAUGAUCUGUGUGAAGAUGGUUAAGCUAUUUCAUUAGGUAAAAUCUUUCUACACUAAUAAGAUCAAGAUUAAUUUUUUAUUAGUUUCGUGUGUUAAGAACUUAAGAUACAGUAUAUGACAAGUAUGGAUAGUAAACCGAGCGUGUUGAUGGAAAGAUACGAGUUAGGGCGAUUACUAGGCCAAGGAACCUUUGCGAAAGUGUACUACGGUAGAAAUACGCAUACGGGACAAGGUGUCGCGAUUAAAGUAAUCGACAAAGAAAAGGUUUUACGCGUCGGGCUUACGAAUCAAAUCAAGCGGGAGAUAUCCAUUAUGAGAUUAGUUAAACACCCUAAUAUUCUCGAGCUUUACGAAGUCAUGGCCACGAAAACCAAGAUAUAUUUCGCGUUGGAGUACGCGAAAGGGGGUGAGCUUUUCGACAAAGUGUCGAAAGGGCGGUUGAAAGAACAAAUCGCGCGUAAAUAUUUCCAACAGUUGAUCAAUGCGGUUGACUUUUGCCAUAGCAGAGGGGUGUAUCAUCGAGAUUUGAAACCAGAGAACUUACUUUUGGAUGAAAACGAUAACUUGAAGGUUUCGGAUUUCGGGUUGAGUGCGCUUGCGGAAUGUAAACAUCAGGACGGGUUACUUCACACCACUUGUGGGACCCCCGCGUAUGUGGCGCCUGAAGUGAUUCACCGAAAAGGGUAUGAAGGGGACAAAGCGGAUAUCUGGUCGUGUGGGGUGAUCUUAUACGUUUUAUUAACGGGUCAUCUUCCGUUUCAUGAUUCAAAUCUGAUGGAAAUGUAUAGAAAGAUCGGUAAGGCGCAAUUCAAAUGUCCGAACUGGUUUCCACCAGAAGUAAAGCGGUUGCUCACAAGAAUGUUGGAUCCGAUCCCGGCGUAUCGAAUCACCAUUGCGAAAAUCAAAGAAAACGCAUGGUUUAAAAAGGGAACAAUUGCCCGAAAACCAAGAAACGAGACUGAAAACACGGGUUCUGAAACUUCUGAUAGAGCUUCUGGUUCAUCUGAUAACAAGCAGGAAGAAAUACGGCCUCCAAACUUAAACGCAUUUGACAUUAUUGCCCUUUCUCCAGGGUUUGACUUGACCGCGUUGUUUGAAGAAUGUCGUCAAAAGAAAGAAGCAAGAUUUACAUCAUCGAAACCUGCGUCUGUUAUCAUCUCGAAACUGGAAGAAGUCGCUAAAUUUCUGAAGAUGAAGAUUUGUAAACGCGAAGCGGGAUUGUUGAAACUGGAAGGAACAAAGGAGGGUAGAAAAGGAAUUUUGUCGAUCGAUGCUGAGAUAUUCGAGCUCACUCACUCUUUUCACAUGGUGGAGGUGAAGAAAUCUAAUGGCGAUACAUUGGAAUAUCAGAAGGUGUUAAACGAGGGUUUGCGGCCGGGCCUACAAGAUAUUGUCUGGACAUGGCAACCCGAGGAAGAACCGCCGCCUGAGCAAAGAGUAGAACCGGAGCAGCUCGGGCCACUGCCACCUCAGCAGGAACAGUUGCCUUGACCUGCAUUUUUAAUUAUUCAAGUAUCUGAUUCUGUUACAUAUUCAUAUGUUAAUUUCAUUUUUGCUUGUGUGGUUGUAUUAUAGGUUUUGUAUGAAAUACUUUCAUUUUACAUAUUCAUUCAUAUAGAAUGAUUUCUUACUUUUCAGAAGUACAUGUAUUAGUUUGAGUUUAUGUGCGA